AUGGUAGACGUAUCUUCCAAGCCUUCGAAAAUGGAAUCAGGACCGGUCACGGAGUAUCCUAGAGGAGAUAAUGAAACGUCUGAGUGGCUCAGGCGCAUCAACCUGUUUUCACUAUUCGUCAAAGACAUCCCGGAUGAUGUGGAUAAGCAUGCGGUGGUCAAGAUUGCUAUCAUAGAUGAUGGCGUCAGCAUCGAAAAAAUUUCGGGCACACCGCGCAGCAUCUCGGGCGGAAUGUCAUUCCAUAGGCGCGGCCGUAUGGGGCGCCACCACUUCCCUUCGUCGAAUGGACAUGGGACCGAGAUGGCCGACUGCGUCCUUCAGGUUUUCCCAAAGGCUAAGCUAUACAUUGCAAGACUGGAUACUUUAACACAGGGGGUUCUCCAGGCAAUUAUCGGGGCUGUCGAACAAAAGGUGGACAUAAUCCUGAUGAGUUGGACCAUCGAGAAGACAAACGAAAACGGAGCGGCGGUGGAUAAAAUGGGGAAGGCAAUCGACAAGGCUUCCGAGGCGAAGAUUCUCAUGUUCUGCGCAGCAAAAGACGGCGGAGCUGACCAGGGCAAUAGCUAUGGCUAUCCGAGAGUCUUCUACAAGCCGAUAUUCUGUGUCGGGGCGGCAACCCAAAACGGCCAACGGUCUGGAAGGAUUGGAACUCAGGACGUUGACCUGUUGUUUCAGGGGGAGAAUUUCACAUCGCUAGCUACCGACAGCCGUGCAGCGGGCCUGCUUCUAUAUUGUGCCCAUGUUGGAAAGCAACGCCCUGAUGGCUCGGAAGAUAGAGGUCGAGACGACAGACGCAAGGAUCUGAAAACCUUCGAAAAAAUGAAGGCAACCCUCGAGGACAUGGUCAUCGCCGAAAAAUAUUUCCCGGCACCGAAAUUCUUCCAUAUCGACGGCGACGGAUCUUGGUACGAGGACGAGUAUGGCCCCAGAGUAAUCAAUGGCGUCAUAGCAUCGAUAGAGAAGUAA